AUGUCACAUUUUACAAAGCUGCAUACCCCAGUGCAAGAUUCCAAUGGUGAAGCAGUUGAAAUGUUGCCUACUGCUCGCUCGGCGUAUAGAGAAGAUGUCUCCUCCGAACUUCCGGUACACAGCAAGAAAAACAGUGACAGCCCACUGUUCAGCAUGAAUCCUGCCGCGCAAAGUGAGCGGAGUGGAUUCAAUCCUCUCCAUUUUCUCAGAAUCUGCUUCAAGAGUACUUGCACUUCUUCAAUGAUCGUCAAUAUCCUCUGGCCCUUCGUUCCAGCUGCUAUCGCCGUCAGGUUUUCCCGCCCUGAUUUGCACGUUUGGAUUUUUGCUCUCAAUUAUAUAGCGAUGAUCCCCUCGGCAAACUUGCUUGGGUUCGCAGGUGGCGAGCUGGCUGAAAAGUUGCCCAAGGUCUUUGGUGUUCUUCUGGAGACCACUUUGGGCUCGGUAGUCGAAAUAGUGCUCUUCAUGGUUCUGAUAGGCAGAGAUCACGACGGGAAACUGAUUCCUGUCAUCCAAGCCGCUAUUCUCGGCUCGAUCCUAGCAAACCUUCUGCUUUGCCUGGGUUUAUGCUUCUUUUUUGGCGGCUUAAGGCGCGAUGAGCAGGUAUUCCAUGAGACCAUUGCUGAAGUGGGUUCUGGACUACUGCUAGUUGCUGGUUUUGGCUUGUUGAUACCGAGUGCCUUCUACUCGGCCUUGAAGGGAAGCACGAGUUCUACACUUUUCACCCCGGAGAAACUAGUCGACGAUGUACUCAAGAUCAGUAGAUCUACCGCUGUUGUUCUUCUUGUCGCUUUUUUCGUUUAUCUAUGGUUCAAUCUCCAUAGCCAUCAUAGCAUCUUCGAUGAAGUCCUCGAACUGGAUGAACAUAUGGACGAGGACCGACACAUCGAUCUUAUGAGGGAGAGGCUCACUUUCGUAGAAUGCCUUAUCGCGAUACCAAUUUCCCUCGCUUUUGUGUGCAUGCAUUCCGUUUUUCUAGUUGACGAGAUACCGCACAUUGUUGAGAGAGGCGUCUCGGAUAACUUCAUGGGUCUGAUCCUGGUCCCUCUGGUUGAAAAGGCAGCAGAACACUUGACUGCUGUGGACGAAGCAUGGGAUAAUCAAAUCAAUUUCGCUCUUUUCCACUGUUUGGGCCCUUCUAUCCAAACUGCCCUCCUGAACGCGCCCCUUGCAGUUAUCGUAGGCUGGGGUUUGGGGAAGGAAAUGGAUUUGAAUUUCGAAAUCUUCAUGGUAGUACUACUUGUGCUAUCCAUUUUGGUGGUUGGAAAUUUCCUACGGGAUGCCAAGUCGAACUACCUCGAAGGUUCGCUCUGCGUACUUGUUUAUAUCAUCAUCGCAGUGACCACUUGGUAUUACCCCAACCCGGAGGAUGUCUUAACAAAUCGAGCAGGGGAAGGUAGUGAGGCCUAA